CUCACCUGCUUGAUUGCUUCCUAUCUCUCCCUGCCACCUAUUGUGCAGCUAUCCAGGCUGGUCCUGGCUGAUAUUAACACACUCUUUUCGUCCCACCUGUUGCUGCUCGAGUCCGGCGCAUCCCUCUACUCCCCUUUGUUACAGCUGUCGAGGACCAUGUCCGUUCGAUAACCGAUAGCGAUUUCGCGUCGUUCGACAUAGAUGGUGCUCACUUUGGACUGCGACACACCCUUCGGACUCCUAUACUACCGAUAUUCCGCUCUGCGUCCUUCUGGAAAAAAUGUCUCUCCUUCACAAUGAAGAUUUCACGAUAUGGCAGCUGCGCACUUCUUACCUCUCCACCAUUAAGGAUGGUAUUGGUGACCGUCUCAUUAACGUGAACAAUACUGUGCUUAACACUCCCGGUUUCCGUGCGGCGGGCUGGUCGUCGGCAUCCGCCAACCCCAACACUCAGACCGCCGCUGCCCAUAUCAAGCGGACAUACUCUCCUCCAAUUCCGCUCACCACUGCAGUCGCUUCAGAAUAUUAUCAACUCGGCAUCGCAAGAGACGCCAAUGAGUCUGCGAGACUCGGAACAGGAGAAGAUGGCGAGGACGACGAAGGGGGCAUGGUAACAGGCAAGGGCAACACGGACAUCAUUGGACGCCGGAAUUUAAGGGGGAAACGCGCGCAUCGAAGGGAUCGUCAACAAAACGAUCAUCAGAAGCAUCGAGAGCCUGAGGAAGACGAUAGUAGUGAUUUGAGCGACGAGAGCGACGAUGAUGGGGAUAGCGCGCCAAGUGGGGCCAACCAGAUCAAGUUCCCUAAGUUGCCCAUUCGAACAAGAGCUGGAUCGUCUCCAAUACGGUCAACAGAUCGCCAGGAGGGGCCCCAGGUCAUGGUCACCUCGCCAUCGCAUCCGGCGAUGGGUACUCAUUACCGCACAGGCUCGCUGGGGACUGCUGUUAGCAGCGUGAAUGAGCGGCCGCGACGCGAUACAACUACGACGGCGAGCAGUGAUCUCUCUUCCGACAACGAUCUUGGCUCGUCGCUCUUCAAGAGGAGACAGAUUCAAUUCUCCGGUCAAGAUCAGGUAAUUGAGCUCAGAAGGUAUAGGCACGGGGCGGGAAACAGAGACCUUGAAGAGCUGGACGAGCAAGCAGAGGACUCCGGCGCAGAGUCGGUGGGCUCGGCCCUUUCGUCGGAAUUUGACGCCACUGCGGGCUCGACCUCGCUUUUGGAAAAUGUCGGGAUUACUGGUAGUUUGGAUUCGUCCUCGCCCAUAGCAUUGAUGCAUAAGCUGCAGAAUGGGGCCGGAUCGCAAACUGCAUCUCCUCGCAAGUCCCGGACUCCAGCCCCGGAGCUGCAGGACCUCCCGCCGCCCCGUCCAAUUAGCACGGUCCAACCCGUGAGUCUGCUAUCGAAGGCCCUCAAUGCGCGCAAGCAAGCGCCUACCAACCCGGUUGAGAAGUUCGCAGUACUCUCGGGCAGGGGAUUGACUGAUGCGCUCAAUAUCAAGCUCUACUUGCCUUUCUCUACUGAUCCUGAUGAGCCGUUGGACCUGCCAAUCGCCCGCGAGUCGAAGCUUGCGGAGCAGCCAGCCCCGGUCACCGUCGUCGAGGCGAUUGGGUUGGCCCUCUGGCGGUAUACGGAAGAAGGUCGCGAGCCGGCCAUUGAUCGAAAUAAGCUUACCGUGAACAUGUGGACUCUACGGAUGGUGGAGGACGGCGAAGUCGAGUACGACUUUCCUGCACUAAGCCGCACGUCGCCAAUUGCGGAUUUUACCUCGAACAACAACCGGGCAGCUGGCCGCCGGACCCGAGGAAAGCAAUACGAUGAAUUUGCUCUUGUGGAAGCAUCCAGCGCCGAAUUUGAAGAAAAUGAGCGUCUCUUCCCAAUGUUCAGUCUGGCACCGUCGUCGGAGGAUAGUGCUGCCGACGUUUCUGCGAGUGCCCCUGCCCCGACCAGCCAGCCUAUGCCGCAGGUCAAGGCGCCUCGGCCGAACCCGAUUCUCGGACAGCCCUUCUCGUCGGCCCUAAACGACAAUACGUUGACACCCGCCGAUCGACCAGCCGUGCCCACGUCACAUGCUACUCCUCGCCUAGGGGUCUCGAAGACGUUAAAGAUUCGUUAUACCAAUGUGGAGGCGUCAACGCAGGUGACGACGCUCAAUACCUCUACUGACAGCUACAUCGCCGAGAUCCUUGACUCGGUAUGCAAGCGGUGGGGUCUGGAUAAGGGCAAUUACCUGCUGAAGGUGAUGGGGUCCAGCACGAUUGCUCCCCUAGACCGAACGGUGGAAGCCUUGGGCAACCUCACCGACCUAGACCUCGUGCGGCGCCGAUUCGGGCCUCAAUUGACCGGUUCCCCCGGUAGCUCUUCGCCCAACGCGCCCCUUCUCAUUGACAGCAACACCGUUCCGGCCAAGAAGGGGAAGAAGAGCGGCCAGCGCAUGCUUCACCCUCUCACGCAGAAGCAAGACCUCACGGGAGGCUAUUACCGCCGAUACUACGUUUGGCGCAAACAGUCCAUGUCGUUCACGCAGUCGAACCAUCGCAUUCUGACGUUCGACAAUGACUACAUGCAUAUCAUGCCAGCAGACACGGGCAAGACGGUGUCCGACACGAAAACACGGUCGAUCAGCUUCAACGAUGUGGUCGGAUGCAAAGUGAGUCGGCGACACCCUAAGAAUUUCCGGGUGGUGGUGCUGCGCGGCAAUGACGCCAACGAGCAGAAACGGUAUGACUUCGAGGCGCGCAAUGCCCUCGAAGCGGUGGAAAUUGUGGAUGAGAUCAAGAAGAAUAUGGCGCAUUAUCGCAUCUAGGCCGGCAGCUUUGUUCCUUUUUUAUCCAUUGCAUUACUGUUGUUGCACGGGGCGGGUGGCCUUAAGUAUGAUCCAGCAUCUUAGGAUGGGGUGCAGCGGGCGUUGAUCUACUUGUUUUGCAGGGGCUGGUGGUUUGCGAUCCAAUUCAGUCGUAACAGCUGUGAUGGC